AAGUGGGCAGGUACCGCCUCUUUUCUUUUUGCCCUCCCUCCUCCUCUCCCUUCCCCUUCCCAUUCCCUUUCCCUUCUCUGGGCGCGCGUGCGCGCUUCUACCGCCCUCCCCCUUCCCCUCCCCCCGUGCCCGCCCCGCACGUUGAGCGUCCGGCUCUCUCCUGCCCCCUCCCCCGCCCUUUCCUUUUCCCCUCUGGCUGAGGAGCUGGCAGCAGCAAAAGCAGCGGCGGCAGCAGCCGUGGCCGUGGAGUAGCCGGAGCAGCAGCAGGAGCAGUGGCCAGAACCCGAGCAGCCGCCGCCGGAGCCGCCGCCCCUCGCCCUUCCUCCCGCGCGCGCACGGAGCCGUAGCCGUCCGCGGGCCCCCCCCCGAGCGGAGCGGACCGUACCACCGCCGGACGGCGCGUAGGGGGGACAGCCGGGGCCCGCCCCGCCAGCCCCACCGAGCCCGGGCGCCCGCCGAGGACCUGCGGAGGCCGGCCGCCGCCGGGGGCGCUGCUGCGGCCCGCGGAAGCCCGAGCCGGGGCCGGCGCUGAGGCCGGCGCGAGGCGGGAGCCGGGGCGUCCAGGAACCGGGUCCUCGCCGGCCGCCGCGGCCAUGGCCGAGACCGAGGAGCGCAGCCUCGACAACUUUUUCGCCAAGAGGGACAAGAAGAAGAAGAAGGAGCGAAGCAGCCGGGCCGCGGGCGCCGCUAACGCCGGAGGAGCCGGCGCGGGGGCCGCGGCCGGGGCCGCCGGAGCUGCCUUGACCGGAGGCGCCGGGACUGGGGCCGGCGGCGGGGGCGCCCGACCGGCUGAGGGGGCGGCGGGGGCCGCGGGGGCCGCGGGACCCGGAGCGGCCGCCAAGACCAAGGAUGAAGACGAAUGGAAAGAAUUCGAGCAAAAAGAAGUCGACUACAGCGGACUCAGAGUUCAGGCGAUGCAGAUAAGUGAAAAGGAAGAAGAUGAUAAUGAAAAGAGAGAAGAUCCAGGGGAUAACUGGGAAGAAACCGGUAGUGGUGGCGUAGAAAAGUCAUCUGGUCCUUGGAAUAAAACGGCUCCUGUUCAAGCACCUGCUCCAGCUAUUGAAACCCCAGAACCUGUUAUGACUGGUGGUGUGUACAGGCCUCCUGGUGCCAGAGUGACUUCAACGAGGAAAACACCACAAGGACCACCAGAAAUCUACAGUGAUACACAGUUCCCAUCAUUACAGUCCACUGCCAAGCAUGUAGAAAGUCGGAAAUACUGAGCCUUCGUAAGGGUUGACUACCUCAGAUUUGCUGCACUCAUUGUGGACACCAUGUGGAUCACAACUUCUGGAUAAGAAGGUUACAGCUAUUAAGUGGCGAUGUGAAACUUGAAACCAGCUCUACUGGAUUCCUAUCAGAAAUCCUGCAAAAGUCAGCCAUUUGGGUUCUGAUCUGCUAUAAAUGACAAAGAUUUAAGUGACCUUAAUUAACCUGUCCUGGGCCCCAUCCUUAAGGAAUACUUUCUCUAGUAGCUAUGGCUAUAUAGGAUUUUUCCUGAGACGUACAACUCUCGAAAGAACUGUGUUCAAAUAAACCCAUGCAGAGCUGUCUUGUUUUUUUUUUUUUUUUUUUUUUUAACCCUUUAGCUGUAACCAUAUUCUGAGGUUACAAAAUAAAUUUAACCACACUUUGAUGUACAAAGUGGGAUUUGGGGGGUGGGGUAGGGGUUGAAUGGUCCAAUUUUUUUCUUUAGCAAUUUUUAUUUUGAUAGCACAUGUGUUGUAUUUUCCGCCAACAAGGCCUUCCUUGCUUUGACUUAGAAUCUAAGUUCUUUGAACAGAGCAUAAUACUUGGUUGAGUAACUUGAAACAUCUAUUAAGAGGGAUUGUGAAAUAAGUUUCAUAACCUGAUUUCCACCCCCAAGGGGCUGGAACUCCAUAGCCUUUAAAGAGCAGUGGAUGCCAAGGCUUGACUUCAGGUGCUGCUAAAGCCUCUAAUCACCAGGUCUUUAACUUGUACAGUAUGUAUUUGACAGGAGUACUGGUAUCUAGCAAGUGGAAUUGUCACCUUUUUUUUUUUUUUUUUUUUUUAAACUACUAGAGUAGAAGUGUUCAAUCACCUGUGAGUUUCUUUCUAGCAAACAUGUCUUGUCCUUUUUCAACUCAAACCAAUAUGAUUAAGUUUUAAUCAAAAGCUUGGUGUGCGCAAAGACUUUCCAGAUGUUCCACAUACUGAUCAGUAGUGUGGUGUUUGAUAAGACCGCUAGGUCCCCACCUUUUUCAAGGUUCAGGAUGUUUUGCUGCAGCGAUUAUCCUGACUAGCUCUGUUGGAUGUGCGUGUGUCUCCAUGUCCAUGUCCGUCCCCAGUGGUUGGGGGGUGGGGGAGGGUGGGGGUGGGAAGAAUGGGGCAAAAGACAGGUGACAUAGCACUUCUGUUUUUAAUAACUCCAGGUUAAACAAUCCAGUAACUUAGUCCUUAAAUGGGACCUUGAUAAAGCCACCCAAAGUUAUUGCCUAUGGUAUGAAAGUUUCAUUCCAUCUAACUUCAGAUUCUGUUUCAUCUUUCUUUGUUUUUGUCACUUUGAUUCAGUACAAAUAUUACAGUGGUGUAUGACCACUUGAUAUGCAGAGUCUGGGUUUCUCUAUAUUACAUUUCAAUGCCAAAUUCAGGAGGUGCAGACUUGCCACUGAUAAGUGAAGCAAGUAGGUGAGUAAAACAAUCUUGCUGAUAUGAUGUAGCAGCAUGCUCUCUUGUAGGGGCUCAGAUGCAGAAUCACCUGACUCUUAUAAGGGUUACUGACAGUAUCUCUUGGCAGCCCCUGCCAACUGCUUCUUGGCAUAGUUGCUGGCAUCCAAAAGAAUUGGCAGGCUAGCUUCCUGUCCUCUUAAUAAAGGUGUACCUGGAAAAAUUGCUGAGCCAAGGAGGAGUUGGAUGUUCAGAAGAAAAAAACUGAAGACUUCAUUUGGGAACCAAAAACCUUAGUAAAAGAAUUAAAUAGAAUUCUUGGACUUUGAGCCAUCUAUUUUUCCUGAAAAGUAUGCAUCUUUGCCAGCAGUGUCUUGUUGGAUUAUAUUACUGAGGAAUGAACUGAGAUGAUUAUGUGGAAGUGUUAUUUAAUGGCAUAUUGUACUAGAAAUUUGAAGACCUGCAGUAGAUUUUAAAUCCCAACUCUUGUUAUAACAUUUUUAAGAGAUUGUGAAAUUGUCAAAAUGCACAUUAAUCAAGUUUUAAUAUACUGUAUGAUGGGUAGAUGUCCAUUGUACCUUAUUUCGUUAUUUGAAUUCUCAGGCAUGGUUUUGGCAGUGCAAGAACCCUGUAACAUUAACAAAUUCAAUAAAAUGGAAAUGUAUAUGGA